UCGAAGUAGUCUUCGCCUGUUCAUAUUUCAUUCAAGGUCAAUCAGGAAAGUCUCCAUUUGCCAAAUUCAACUCGCCUUCACCUCGUUAUCCAACAUGCAUAUUCGCUUCAGCCAUUUCUUUGGAGUUCUGGGAGUCGUCUCCGUUGUAUGUGCGGCGCCGUUCACUAGUCGCAUUCGAAGCGACACCGUCUUCCAAGAAGACCUUGUUGCAAGAUCGAGAACCUCUCAGGAUAUACAAUCUUCCAUAGGUUCCUGGGGUGUUGCUAUAUCCACAACUCCAACCCGCCGCGAGGAUACUGAGACGGGAGUUAUCAACGUCGCUUUCGAUUACAACCAUGACAAGAGGCAUACCAAUACGGUGUAUGAUGAGUGGGUUAAAGAAAUCCUCCAACAUGUUCCGGAUACUGCGAAUGCUCAAGUAGAAUUUAUCAACAAUCCCGACACGAAUCAUUUCGUUGGCUGUUCCUUCCACUUCUCGGUUGGGAGAAAGCGAUAUCAUGCGGCUGCGACGUCUUCCAAUGAUUUUUAUGUCGCAGAUGCUCAAGCGCCGGGACAGAAGAAGAUUGCUCAGCAAGGCAAACAGAAAUCCACCGACUUACAGGUAAAGAAGAAGACUUGGUGGGGAAAUUGACAUGGUCAUUGGUUGAAACUCGGUGAAUUCUAUGAUUCCUUUUAGACUUCCUGUUUACUGCCUGUACCAUACUAUAUACUACCAGUCGGAGUAUCCAUUACUUUUAUGGCAUUCUUUGAGGAAAUACACAGAACUUGACUAUC